AUGGUUAACCAUGCUCGAGAUCUGCUAGCUGCUGCCAAAAGCGUCGCCGGCAAUUUGCCGGCUAACGCGGCUAUGGCCUCGGCCUUCGAGAAGUGUGUGCUGUUUUCGCUGCUCACCGCCGUUGUGUUUCAUACGGCUGGGGCACAGAAUGCUACUCCCAACGUGCACUCACUCUCAGAAGUCGUCCAGCAGCGCGGGCGCGGCGAACGUGUCCAGUUUUCAGUGUCUCUACACGACACGCCCGAUCCACCAGCGCAAAUUGUCUGGACGCACAACGGCUUGCCGAUCAACACCACCAGCGAUGACAGGCUGCUGUUGUCUGAUGACAACUUGUCAUUGAACAUCAGCAGUUUGGUUCUCCUGGACGGUGGACAAUACGAGAUUACUCUGAAUAGCAGUGGAGAAAUGGAGAGUAUAACCUUCAAUCUAACGGUUAUCGCUGCUCCUGAGGUGCAAGAGACUUCACCGCUCACACUGGCUCAGAGAGUAUCCGACAGUGCCCAGUUUUCAGUGUCUCUCCUCGGCACACCCGAUCCACCGCCGGAGAUUGUCUGGACGCACAAUGGCUUGCCAAUCAACAUCACCAGUGCUGGCAGGCUGCAGGUAUCCAGUGACCGAUUGUCAUUGAACAUCAGCAGUUUGGUCGAGUCGGACGCUGGGGAGUACAAGAUCGGCUUGAAUAACACUGGAGGUUCGGAUAACCUCCCCCUAAACUACAGCCUGCAAAGCUAUCCCUACACAGAAGAGUAGGCGAAAGUGCACUAUUUUCUGCUAGGCUUAUCAACACUCCAUAUCCACCGGUGACCGUCGUCUGGACGCGUUGGGAAAUCCCAAACAGACUCCCCAGUGGGGCACACAUAUCCAGUGAUGGCUUGGCGUUGAAUAUCAGCAAUUUAACUUACCAGGAUACCGGACAAUACAGGAUAACUGUCAAGAACACGGAGGGAGAGGAUUCCCGCAGAGACUAUCUAAGAAUCUGGAUGCCCUUUCGACCAACGCUUGCGAAUGGUGGCGGUGCAUUCACGUACAGGGAGGGCAUCGAGCGGAACUCCAUUCGGCUGGAAACUUGCUCUCCACCAGCAUCUGUGCCUCUGUUUUCCGAGGUUGAUUCUCUUAGGUGGGAGCGCAACCAUGUCAAUCUUAUAGUGCACACCUUUGUGAACGAAAGCCGGACACUGCCGUUGACUUGGCCACGGGGCGGUGCCCUUGCACCCAGUGACACGGGCACAUACAUUUGUGUGUGGACAUGUGUCCCAGAUCCGUGGCAAAGGACUGCGAGGAGUAUGCCGUCGCUUGAUCAAGUGCGCCUACAUGUUGUGCCCGAGCCGCGAGUCAUCAAGAUCACAAAGAACCAGACGAAGACGUCUCUCAACGUGACCUGCUACGUGAGCGGCGAAGAUGUGGUUAUACACAUUUUACGGGUCCGGGGGGAAUUCUACGAUGAAACGAAUGGAAGAACAGGCUCCCUGCGGGCCACCUACACUCAAGCUAACGGCUAUGCGAGCGGGGCGUACCGAUGCGCCGUAGAGAGCUUUACUUUCUGUAACACAGCUAGCAACCGCAACACUGUGGAGCGUUGCUACUUACUACCAGCGCUUGCCGACAUAGAGGUACCACAAUACGCGGCACCAACGGUGGACACAUUCUCAACGCUACACACGGAUAAAGAGCCAGGAGACAACGCAACAUUUCACAUCACCCUCACACGCACACCCUAUCCACAGCCAACUGUUGAAUGGACACACAACGGAUAUCCAAUCAAUGUCACCUCGGGCGGGGUGAUAUUGUCCAAUGAUGGCUUGUCAUUGAAACUGACCGACUUGAAGCUCGCAGACAUGGGUUUUUACACUGUCUCGGUGACGAACGAGGAAGGAUCCGCAAAUGCAACGUUCUCGAUUUACAAUCCUGGUAUGUUGUAA